AUGUCGUAUAGCAAAGGAGCUGUUGCUGACAUAGUCAAAGACCUUAUACAAGGAACACCAUUUUGGGAGGUUGGGAAAGAGCUAAUUUCAGCCAUGGAGCCAUUGGUAAAGGUAUUACGGUUAGUCGACGGUGAUGGGUCAACUUCAGGAUACAUUUAUGAAGCAACAGAUAGAGCACGAAAGGCAAUUAAAAAACUAUGUGAAGAGGAUCCUGUUAAGUACAUGGUUAUAUGGGAAUUGUUUGAAUUCAGAGCGAAAUAUAACUUGCUUCAUCAGGUUCAUGCUGCUGCCAUGUAUUUGAACCCUUGCUUCAUGUUUGAUGGAAAGAUUUUAUAUACUAAUGAAGAUGUGCGCGCUUCCUUCUCAUAUAUUUAUGACAAUCUGAUUGAUACUACUGAAAGAACCAAGUUUUCUCAAGAGCUUUUACUCUAUAAUGGAAAGCAUCCAAAUAUUUUUACAAACAUCUCCAUAGAUCAAAUGAAUGCUUGUCAUCCGACAAAUGGAGGCUCUGUUCUUAUACUAAGAAAGAUUUCUAUUCGUUUAUUAAGUCAUCCAUGUGCUUCUUCUGCAUGUGAACGUAACUGGAGUGCUUUCGAUGCGACACAAACGAAAAAGAGGAACAGAUUGACACCACAAAUGCUGGAAGAUCUUGUGUACAUAAGGGUGAAUUCUUUAAUGCUGAAAAAUUCCGUGAAAUUUGAGUUACAAGAUAGAGAGCCAAUUAGUCUUGAAAACCUCGCAGAGUGGGACACUGAAUUUGUUGAUGGAAAUCUAGAUGAAGCUAUAGAUGAAGGUUUUGUAGCCAUUGCUCAAAGUGACAUGAAUGCUUCUUGGAUGGAUAGAAUGUGUAGCGGCAUUGGGACGUCUUUGAGAAUGAAUUAUCGUCGUCAGUAG